UUUUUUACGAUAAAAAAAUAUUCUGUUUGAGCGUAAAUUUAAAAUGAACAUGAACUUGGCUGUUUUUGCAGCGGGAAAGUAUAGUAGGCGCUCGGAUGGCGAGGUGCGAACAUCACGGAAAGAACGCAAAAAGCGCUACACCGUGGUCGGAAAUCCUUAUUGGAUGGCACCGGAAAUGAUGAAGGGCAACAAGUAUGACGAGAAGGUCGACAUAUUUAGCUUCGGCAUUGUCGUCUGCGAGAUAAUCGGCCGUGUGCAGGCCGACCCAGAUUAUUUGCCACGCUCCUCCGACUUUGGAUUGAACAAGAAGGCGUUUAAAGAAAAGUUCUGUACUAAUUGCCCGGAAUGCUUUUACACGAUAGCAUUUUUGUGCUGCGACCUUAAUCCCGACAAGAGGCCCCCAUUCGAGAUUAUGGAGGUGUGGCUCGAUGGACUAGCCAUGCAUUUGUCGGUCGACGCAGCCUUGCCACCUGAAUUAGAAGUAGACAUUAAGAAUUACGCAGGACCAAGUCCCAGUAGCAGUGAGUCCACAACACCGGAUGUUCUCAGUCCACAGUUAAAAACUAUUACCGAAGGACAGGUGCAUCGGGAUAAGAGGCGCGCGAGCGGUUGCGACGACAGUACUCUCGAAUCGGAUUUUUAUACGCAAAGCAUCGAGUGCAAAGAGAAUAUUGAAACGCCGGCGAAGAGCGCCAAGCAGAUCGAAUCGCCGCCAAUGGAGAACGAGAAGCGCUACUUGCGGCAGAGCAACAGCAAGUCGAAGGAGCCGAUUGGGGAUGGCAAACCAGCCAAGUCAAACGCGUACUCGAGGCAAAAUAGCCGAAAUAGCCGGGUCGGCAAUUGCAAUGAAGACGUAUCGACGACGGAUCGCAGACGCAGCCUUAAUUCGCCCCGGAUUAAUCUCGGUGCAUCAGAAAAGUUCACUUUAGACAAGUAUCCAAGCAUCGAGAAGAUGAAAUAUGUCGGGCAAGCCGAUGGUCCCUUUAUAGUUCCUACCUCAUCCAACACCAGCCUCAACUCCAACGAGUCCAAACGAUCGUCGUAUCGAGUCAAUUGCUUCCGCGCCGAUAGCAAAAAGGAUGAAGUGCCAGCCAGCAUCGAGAGCGCGAGCUCCAAGGCCGAUAAUUCCAAGUACAAAGCCGCGAAUGCCAGCGGCAACCUCGUGGGCAUGUAUUUACGUCAAAUCGGCAAAUCGAUCGCCCCCACCUCCGAUAAAGAGAACAGUACAUCGAGCUCGCAUACAAACAAAAAUUCUUACAGUGUGAACAAGGAGCCGGAUUCGAAGUGCAGAACGACGAGCGCGACAACGACGUCGGCCACGACUCCAUUAAGACGGACGAAGAUAUCGCCAACGAAGGAGUCCCUCACCAAGAGCGCUUUUAUUAGUGAAAUGCCGGAGGCCAAUGCCAUCGAAGACCCAUUAAAAAGUAAAGAGAAAGCCAAGUUGAAAGGUGAAUCGCAGAUUUCGAGGAAAGGCAGUAACAAGCUGAAAAAUAGGAGACGAGGCAAGUCGGACCUCGGCUACGUCGACAGUUUCUCGUUAGACGAGUCCAAGUCAUCGAGAGGCCAAAUCGAGAACGACAAUAACAAGCAGGAGGACGAAAACUCCAGGUACAUUGAGAACGAGCUUCUCCUCCAGGCGAGCUCGGACUCGUUCGGCCUGUACGAUGAUUAUUUUAAAACGAGUGGCGUCGAGCGUCAGGGCAGCUUCGGAUCUGACAGCGCAGUCGGCACAAUGAAGAGUGACUUCUUCGCCGAUAUCGAUCUCGCAAAAAUCAGGGACGGCUCUUCAACGAUACUGCGCGAGCUCUGUUGCACACCGGAUAAGUGCCCUGCAACGCCCAAUCGCACAAAUUCGCCUUUCGAGAGUACGGCUUUGUAACGCCCUCCUGUGAUUAAUUUUUUCGGCUUUAUAUUUGGCCCUUUCAAAUAAGACUUGCAAUCUCGUUCGUUCGUUCGUUCGC